GGCAACUAUUACAAUCCAAACAUGGCGAGCAACUCUGGAUAUGACAGAACCAAUAAUAAGGAGCUGAGGAUAGUGAUGGUGGGGAAAACUGGAAUUGGAAAGAGUGCCACUGGAAACACCAUCCUGGGAAGACAGUGCUUUGUAUCAAAGUUCAGUGCUAAGUCUAUGACUGUAGACUGUUCUAAGGGCAAAGGUGAGGUGUUUGGACAACAGGUUGCUGUUAUUGAUACCCCGGGCCUGUUUGAUACCAGGUUUGGCAUGGAUAGAACAACUAAAGAUGUGACCCAGUGCAUCACUUAUGCUGCUCCUGGACCCCAUGUCUUCCUGGUGGUCAUCAGACUGGGAAGAUACACAGAGGAGGAAAUGAAGACGGUGAACAAGAUUCAAGAAAUCUUUGGUGAGGCUGCAGACAGAUACAGCAUGGUGCUCUUUACUGGUGGUGAUCUUCUUGAAAGUACCACUAUUGAGGAGUUCUUGGAUGAAAGUUCAGACCUGCAGGAACUUGUAUCCAGAUGUAAUGGCCAGUAUCAUGUCUUCAAUAAUCAGCUGAAGGAUCGUACUCAGGUCACUGAGCUGCUCCAGAAGAUCAGAAAUAUAGUCCAGAAGAACGGAGGAAGCCACUACACCAAUCAGAUGUUCCAAGAGGCUGAGAGGGCAGUCGAAGAGGAGAAACAACGUAUCCUCAAAGAGAAAGAAAAAGAAAUACGUAGAGAACAAGAAGAGCUGGAGAGGAAAAUACAGGAAAAAUAUGAAAAACAGAUGGAGAAAAUGAAUGCCAAAGUCCAGGCUGAGAGAGAGAGGGAGAGGAAGGAGAGAGAGGAGGAGAGGAAAAGGGACAAGGAGGAGGUGAAUGAGGAGAGGAAGAGGGAAAGGGAGGAGAGAGAGGCAGAGAGAAAGAGAGAGAAAGAGGAGAGAGAAAGAGAGAUGGCAAACAUGAAGGAACAGUGUGACAGAGAGCUCAAAGAGAAAAAAGAAAGGUUACAGCAAAGACAUGAAGAGGAGGCCAGAAAGAAUGCUGAGGACAUGAAUCCUUGGCUAAAAAGUUUGAAACAGAUAGGUGACGGAUUUGUAAACAUUGGCAAGGGAUUUUUAGGAUUGUUUAGGUGGUAA